AUGAAGCUUGCCAUCUUGUUUGCGACAGCGAUUUAUACGAUUGUCUUGGCCGCUGAAGAACAGCACCUCGAUGUCCGACCAUGCGCGUGCUCCUCCGCGACGAGCUCCUGUCACUGCCAAGGCGCCGAAAAGUCCGUGCAGAUCCUCUUGGACGUUGUGCCCAAAUGUGGCGCCUCCCACGACCUGGAGAGUGGCAAGAUUGCACCCUACCCCGACGACACGUGCGGCGUGGCCCGGCGAUACGCAGACGUUGUAUGCAUCGCUUCGAAAAACCCAGAGGAGCCCUUCUCCGGUGAAUGGUGCGGCAGUGCCCAAAAACGAGCCGAUUCGGAGUGUUCUCCCACGAGAAGGAGGAGUGCCGAGGAAGCCAGUGAAGAGACCCAGCUUGCCGAUGCUUGCGCGACGGCCCAAAAGGGCGCUAUUGCGUGCAUUGUUUCGAGGAACCCGGAAGACCCUUUCACUGGCGACUGGUGCAGCAGCGCCAUAGACGCGGUCCAUGAGAGCUGCGGGAUCACUGCGACUAAACAUAAGAGAACCGAUUAUCCGCCAGACUGGUGCGGACGUCGACGAAUCGAUUGCAUCACUGCGAGGACCCCCGAGGACCCUUUUCCCGGCGAUUGGUGCGGCGGUGUCAUGCGUCUAGUGCGAGACUGCCUUGUCUCUAGGAGCCCCGAGGGUGACUUUCCCGGCGACUGGUGCGGCAAGCGGGACGAGCACUGUCGCGUCUCGAGGCGCGCGGAGAAGGCGCCGAGCGCAUGGUGCAGCAGCAUCCAGAAGCGAGCCGACCACUGCCGAGUCUCGCGCGGCUGGGAGGGAUACGUCACGUCCGCCAAGCGUGAGCCAACGACGUCAGCCGAGGAUGCCUGUGACUAUUCCUCGCGGGGUGGUCGUCGCGCCGUCACGCCGCCGCACUGCAUGUGUCCAGUCGAGAGUGAUGAGGCAGCCGGAGCUGAUGCGGUCAGGCGAUGCCGAUGCGGCGGCGAGGAGACGAGAAAGGUCGCCACCGAGUAUCACUGCAUGUGUCUGACAGGCGAGGGCAACGCCACUGCACCGUGCGCGUGCACCGGUGACGUAGCUUUCCUAAGCGAGGUGGAAUACGAGCAAUAG